CCAAAUGGAUUGCCCAUCGAUCCCUGCUGCAUCGUCCUGAGAGUAUAACUGCGGCCAUUAAAUCCUCGCAGCAUCUUGGGUCUUCGUGUGCUAGCUCCAAUUGGUUGGUAGGUAACUCGUCCCUAUGGCCGUGGCGAAUGUAGCAGCUUGCCACGGCAAGCUAUCUUGCCCGGCUCUGUUGAGCUUGCUGUUGCUGCUGCUCCGGGCGCUCGUGGAGCCGGCGGCGGCCGCGUGCUCCGUGGACGCGAUCUACAGCUUCGGAGACUCCAUCGCCGACACGGGCAACCUCCUCCGCGAGGGCCCCGUGGGGUUCUUCGCCUCCAUCGGCAGCUACCCUUACGGCCAGACCCUCCGCAAACCCACCGGCCGGUGCUCCGACGGCCUCCUCAUCAUCGACUACUUCGCCAUGGCGCUGAACCUGUCGCUGGUGAGCCCGUACAUGGACAAGGGCGCUGACUUCGCCAGCGGCGUCAACUUCGCGGUGGCCGGCGCCACGGCGCUCGACCGGGCCGUCCUGCUGCAGGGCGGCGUCAUGAUGCCGCCGGCGAGCGUGCCGAUCAGCACCCAGCUCGACUGGUUCAGGUCGCACCUCAACGCCACCUGCGGCUCGCAAGAAGAUUGCGCGAAGAAGCUCGCCAGAGCGCUGUUCUUGGUGGGGGAGAUUGGCGGGAACGACUACAACUACGCCUUCUUCCAGGGGAUCAGGUCCAUCGAGGCCACGAAGGCCUACGUCCCACAGGUCAUCAAGACCAUAAUGAACGUUGCCAAGGAGGUGAUUGAGCUAGGAGCGACCCAGAUCAUCAUCCCCGGGAACUUCCCCAUCGGGUGCUCGCCGAGCUACCUCUCCCUCUUUUCUGUGUCGGGCACCGGCGACCUCGAUGACAGGGGCUGCCUCAAGAGCUACAACGCCUUCGCACAGCACCACAACGAGCAGCUCCAGGCGGCCAUUGACGACCUGAGGAAGGCCAACACUGACGUAACCAUCAUCUACGCCGACUACUACGGCGCCUUCAUGCACCUGCUUGAUCACGCUUCCAUCCUAGGGUUCGACCAGGGCUCACUUCUCCAGGCAUGCUGUGGGGCAGGAGGGGCGUACAACUUCAACAUGAACUUGAUGUGCGGCACGCCGGGAACGAGCACGUGCGCGAACCCGGCGCACCGUGUGAGCUGGGACGGCAUCCACCUCACCCAGCAGGCAUACAGGGCCAUCGCGCUGUCCCUCCUUAUGGAGGGGUUCGCCCAACCGGCUGAUGCCGUGCAGGAGAUCUGGAGCUGCUAAUUAAAGAGAUCUGGAGGGUGUGCUUAUACUUUUGAUGGUGUGGAUAUUUUGUCCGAGGGUCUGGCAGUAGCAUCAGAUAUUACUCACACACCUCGCAGCUCGCAGAUUGAAAAGCGAAUGUUAUAUUUCUCUAGACUUCUCUCCAGCACUCAAUUUUUACCCAAUCUGUUCAUGAUUCAUGACUAUGCGACGCGUUAUAAUUCAGGGGUAUGUAGGGGUCCGUGUUCGAUCUGAGGCUAGGCGUAGUCCAGUGAGGAAGCCGGAGGCAGAUGGCCAGCCUAUGGAUGGUGGUGGUUGGUGGGCAGAACGGUGAGGGUACGUGCUGCUGGAGGUGGAAGAUGGCUGACAGGUGGUUAGGGGCAGAGAUGACUAUGGCAACGACGACUGAUGAAUGAUGAGCCUGUGACCUACUGACCUGUGUGUUUAGGCGAGACCCCACCCAGCCAUGGAACUAUGGAAGGAUGGUAGCACUUGCACAAGGGGCGCACAGAAUCGACGGAGCUCUGCAGUAGAGGAACAAGAGAGGGAAUUGAAGAUGACCAGGAGACCUUUGAUGCCCCAGAAAAUUCGAGAGUUGGGGACUGAUGGAGAAACACUCUGAUGCCCGACGGAUCGACAGCUUCUUCGAAAUGACAUGAAAUUUGAUCAAGCUUAAAAUAUUUUGAUUUAUGAUAAAAAAUAAAAAUGAUAUUUUUGAGGAUGGAGGUUGUAUUUA